AAGUUUUUGUAUACAGUGUAAAUGCGUUGGUUAAAACCAAGUGACAUUUUCGCCACACUACAACUUCCACUUCGAAAUUUCAUGGUGUUGCUCUUGGUUCUUGUCAUCUGUUUUUAAUCGUAAAAUCAUUAGUACUACUCAGAUUUAAAAUUUGAGACAAAACAUGAACGAAUUUAAAACAGAUUCCGAAUAUGCUACUUUGGGGGCAGAGUUUGGAAGCAGUUUUUCUGAGAAAGCCAUUCGCAUGGCUUUUAUUCGGAAAGUGUAUUCUAUAUUGAUGGUCCAGUUGGCAAUCACUGUUGGAUUUAUUUGCCUCUUUAUUUACAAUGAAUCUGUGCGAAAUUAUACAGCGGAACAUUCUGAGAUGAUUAUCGUUGCCAUUGUCAUGGUGUUUGUAUUGAUGAUUGCUAUGGCUUGCUGUGAUAAUGUGAGAAGAACAUUUCCAUUAAAUUUCAUUUGCCUCUUUUUAUUUACAUUUGUUGAAUCUUUUCUCCUUGGAGUUGCAGCUUGUGCUUAUGAAGCUGAGGAAGUAAUGUGGGCUGCUGGAAUUUGUGCUUUUAUAUGUUUGGGUUUGACUGCUUUUGCGUUUCAAACCAAGUAUGAUUUUACCAUGAUGGGAGGAUUUCUGUUUGUGGCUCUGCUGUGCUUUGUUAUCUUUGGAUUUUUGGCUAUUUUCCUCCAUGAUCGGAUUGUGCAGCUGGUUUAUGCUUGUGUUGGUGCUCUCAUAUUUUCCAUGGUAAGUAUCAAAUUACUUUACAUUAUAUGUACU